AUGAUUCGUGGUACUGUGUUAAAGUUGCCAGGAAGACUUGCAUCUUCCUUCUCCACAGGUGCACCCUGUCUUACAAAAAACUUAAGCGCCUAUCGACUUAAUUCCAUUAGAGUGAAAUCAAACAUAGUAAGACUGCAGAACGUUGACUUUCGUCGAAAUUUAUGGAAAUCGAGCAUCUUAUGCAAAGAUUCAAAGACUCUGGAAUCAACCAAGAAACCUAAUAGUGCUUCUACACCUAAAAAUGACAAUGGAUCAAAUAAACCAACAGAAUCAGAACCAACAAACGAUUCUUCAACCUUAUUUGGCCAAGAGAUCUCCACAUCCCAAAUAAAAAUGCUUCGGUCACUUUUGACAACCAUUUGGCCUGCAAAUAAACCAAGCUUCAAAAUCAGAGUGUUGGUGGCUCUUUCAUUAUUAAUAGGAUCCAAGUUACUUAAUGUUCAGGUCCCCUUCUUUUUCAAAUCGAUUAUAGAUGAAAUGAAUAUUGAUUGGGCGGCAGAACUAGGUACUGUUGGAAGUGUUGUAGGAUCUUUAAUUAUAGCUUAUGGGGGAGCAAGAUUUGGAGCAGUUUUGUUUGGAGAAUUGAGGAAUGCUGUAUUUGCUUCCGUAGCCCAAAGUGCCAUUAAAAGAGUUGCCUUAAACACGUUUAAUCAUUUAUUAAGUAUGGACUUAAAUUUCCAUUUAUCAAGACAAACAGGUGGGUUAACAAGAGCCAUAGAUCGAGGAACGAAAGGUAUUAGCUAUGUCCUUUCAGCUAUGGUCUUCCAUAUUAUUCCCAUUACUUUUGAAAUAAGUGUGGUUUGUGGUAUUUUAACAUAUAAUUAUGGGGCUUCCUUUGCUGCCGUCACCUUAUCCACUAUGCUAGCUUAUCUGAUAUUCACUAUUCGCACUACCAGUUGGAGAACUGGGUUCAGAAGACAAGCCAAUAAUGCAGACAAUCAGGCGGCUAAUGUGGCAUUAGAUUCGUUGAUAAAUUAUGAAAGUGUCAAGUAUUUCAAUAACGAAGCAUUCCAAGCAUAUAAAUAUGACUCCGCAUUAACCAAAUAUCAAAAUGCUUCUAUCAAAGUUGCUACCUCUUUGGCAUUUUUGAAUGCGGGUCAGAACUUGAUUUUCACCUCGGCGCUAACUGCAAUGAUGUACAUGGGAUGUCAUGGUAUUGCUACAGGAGGAUUGACAGUUGGAGAUUUGGUUUUAAUCAACCAAUUGGUAUUCCAAUUAUCUGUUCCCUUAAACUUUCUAGGUUCAGUUUACAGAGAAUUGAAGCAAUCCUUGUUAGAUAUGGAAAACUUAUUUCAAUUGCAAAAUUAUCCUAUCAAAAUCAAAGAUGCUCCUGGCGCCAAACCUUUAAAUAUCACCAAAGGUGAAAUCAAAUUUGAAAAUGUUAGCUUUGGUUAUCAUCCUGAUAGACCUAUUUUACGCAAUGCAUCAUUUACAAUACCUGCUGGUGAAAAGGUUGCAAUUGUUGGACCUAGUGGUAGCGGUAAGUCGACCAUAUUGCGGUUAGUAUUCCGUUUCUACGAUGUGGAUAAAGGGCGGAUUCUUAUUGACGGUCAAGAUAUUUCCUUAGUGACAUUAGACCUGUUACGGAAGAAUAUUGGUAUUGUUCCUCAAGAGACACCUUUAUUCAAUGAGUCGAUUCUUGAGAACAUCAGGUAUGGAAGAUUAGACGCCACCGAUCAAGAGAUUGAUCAAGUUAUUAAACAAGUUCAUUUGGAUUCUUUAAUUCACGAUUUGCCUGAAGGUGUGGAUACACUUGUUGGAGAAAGAGGGAUGAUGAUUUCCGGUGGCGAGAAACAACGAUUGGCUAUGGCCAGAUUGCUACUCAAAAAGUCGCCCAUCACCUUUUUUGACGAGGCUACAAGUGCUUUGGAUACCCAUACAGAACAAGCCUUGUUGAAGACCAUUCGACUGAUUUUCCGUCUGGCAGGUCACAGAACCACCAAUGUUCUGAUAGCUCAUAGAUUGAGAACUAUUGCAGACUCUGAUAAAAUCAUUGUCUUGAACAAAGGUGUGGUCCAAGAAGAAGGUACGCAUAUGGAACUUUUGCACAUACCUAAUUCAUUGUACUCUGAAUUAUGGAAUAUUCAAGAGAAUUUAGAUUUGGAUGAACUUUUGCAUAAGGAAGCAGAUGAACUUUUGUACAAGGAAGCCGGUGAACUUUUGCAUACGGAAUCCAAUCAACUGAAAUCUGAGUAA